AUGUCAAGUGAUAAGGAUAAGCGAUCAUCCAAGCUAUUUGGGACCCGUAUCUCGUCUAUCUUCAAUGUGCAGCAAGGACACAACGUUAGACAUGGACAUAAUGAUAAUAAUGGAAGUUCGACGCUGAGAAGUGUACCAGUAAAGCCAUUAUCACAACCACCUUUGCACAAUAAUACUGGCAGAGAAACGCUAGAUCCUAAUAAACCAGUACCAUCAGGACAUGUUCCGCCUCAGUCUCUUGCACCACCUGUGCCACAGGUUCCAAUCAAAAGUCCACCGAGACGUAAACCUCCUCCACCAUUGAUGGAUGAAUUCGAGCAUAGAUCUGACAAUGACCGAGAGGUGGAGCCGUUCAAUAAUCGAGUGUUAGACCCGUCUGUGAAUCACCGAGCGGUAGAGCCAUUCAAUAAUCGAGUGUUAGACCCGUCUGCCAAUCAAAGAUCGAUGGGGUCGGCGAAUAAGUAUGGGGAAGAUGUGAAAGAAGAUUUGAAUAAUAUUAUAGGUACGUUGGAGAAAGAAAUCGGCGGCAUGUUGGUAGCGAAUGAGCCAACGACACACAUGUACCAAGACGAUUAUUUACAUAAUGAUGACGAUCAGGCAUCAAUAAUUUCGGGCCUCCAUGUCUCAAACCCGUUAAAUCUAUCAAAAUCCAAUCAAUCUGGGGCGUCAUACUAUUCAGACUGUCCUUCGUCUUUAAUUGAGUCUGACAAAUCAUCCUCUAUAUCGCAAAGUGUGUCAGAUACGCGUAAAGAAUCAUUGGAAGAUACUUCAACACCAAGCUUCACGCCUAGCGAUACGCCCGAAUACAAACAUGAACUUGACCAUGACCAAACCCCAUAUCCUAUUGAUUCAUUACCAGAGAGUCCCACGUUUGAAGGCAAUGCAUCCGGUCUAAACCUGACGCUGGAUUCAGGCUAUCCACAUAUCGUUUCAAAUGACUCAAGAACAUCCAUUAAUUCGUCGGUACAUUCACAAGGUGAUGCCGAGCCCUACUCACAGCUGAAGAGUCUUGAUACAUUUGGGUCAAGCCAAAGUAUCCCAUCGCAAAGAAAAAAGGAGCAUCAGACAGCAACAUCACUGAAUUAUACAAUAAAUACUACACCCUCCGCAAGAACACCUCAGAACACCUCAUUUAUUAGAGGUAUGCAGCAAAAUCGUAAUCCAUUUACCCCAGUGCCGAUAGAGUCGGGAUCACACGAUUCGAAUUCAAGAUCGAAACCUACUACCCGACCAAAUGCUUCCCAUCAUAGAAAAUCUAGUUCUGUAAGCUCUAUUUGGAGUGCAAACUCAUACAGAAGUGUUAAUAUGUCAAAGCUUAAGAAAUCGUUAGACCUAAAACCUGGUGAAGGUGAGAGAUCAAACUAUGUUAUGUCUAUCCGCCGAAAUGCUGGUACAGCAUUUAAUGAAUCUCCGCCAGGAAAAUGGAAAUUACCUAUAGGUAUCUUACCUGUCGACAAUAGAGUUGGAUAUACUGCCAAUGGCCGGUAUUUGAGACUCGCUGGAGGAAUCCAAGGUAGAAACAAAAAAACUAGUGGCGUCGAAUUGAAACAUGGACAUUUACAGCCUAGGUUGUUGGCUGCUGAAGUUGAUGAUGGCGAUGAGAGCCCGGUUGGUUUGCAAUCAUUAGGCAGGUCAGGUACUGAUCUUACCAUUGGCACAAAUAAGUCAUCGGUUAGCGGAGUCAAGUCUUCCGAUUCAAGUAUCAACGUUACGCCUAGCGGGUCUCUAUUGAGAAACAACUCGUAUGGAAAAACUCUCGACGACUCGCAGAGUAUUAAUACAGGCGGUGAUUCUUCAUCUACAUUACCUAGUUCAAGAAAAGCCGAGUCUGUUUCUUCUUCCUCUCCUUCUAGAUCUUCAUCGUCUAAUAGUAUAACCGAUUUUAAUAUUGGAAUUGGUGGUUAUUAUCAGCAUCCAGGUUAUUUGCGUAAUGAUGAUGACGAAGAAACAUCAACUGAAUUUGAGACAGAUUUGAUGGGCGAAAGAGGAAGAAACAGAAAUAACGAUUAUAAUGAUUAUGAUACCAAACCAAGAUUAGUACUUGCUAACCCUGAUAACUCUGAUAGUAGCGAUUAA